AUGUCAGCCGAAUUUCCCAACAACUUUAAUAACGACAAUACAAAUCGAUGGAUGAGUAAUGUUAAUAUGUCUGGUCAAAAUCUUUUUGCAGUACCACAGGUCGAAAAACCAUGUCCUAUUCCUGUUCCUUACGUUUAUGGAUCACCUGUCGGAUGGAAUGCAGCGAUUGUUGCUUUAUUAUCUUGUUUAUUGGCUUUGGUUUUUCUUUUAACAUGUCUUUAUUAUUUGGCUUAUCGUCGUCGUUAUAUGAAAGAAGUAUCGGAAUGUCCAUCACCGGUAGUUCUUGUUGAAAAAACAUCAACAUCACCAAAAUUAGUUACAAGUACAUCACAAACUGCUACAACAACAUUUAUUAAUGAAACAGGUAAAGAAACAAAAGUUAACACAUUAAAUGAACAAACAUCAGGAACAACAGGUGCUGGCGAUUUUGUUGGUAUGACAACAAUGAUUAAUGGACAUACAUCACCAUCACAUACGAAUGGUCUUUUGGCUAAUGGUAAUACUGAUCAAAGUGAACUUCGUUUACUUCAACAUGAAGAUCAUUAA